AUGGCACAAUUACAAUUCAGAGCUGCGAUUGAGCAUGAAUCUCUGGAAUUUGUUAUCAACCACGUCUUUCUUCCCCCACAGCUCCCACAAAACACCGAGGAAUACAUCGGCGGUGGGGACAAUGCGCUCUUGCAGCUUCUGCACCAAAGCUCUGAUUCCUAUGCACGUAAUUUUAGCAAGAACUCGGUAUGGUCAGCGGUGAACAAGCUGGUUGAACAGUUUUGCAUAUUUGAAAAUAACACUUCUGUAUCGGCCCAUCUUUUCGCAACGGCAGUGAAGGUCUUGAAAGAUCGAGAUGCAAUCGGCAUUCACAUAAAAUCACAAAAUGCUGGGCUUAUUCUCCGCCGUAUCGAAAAUUCCCUGAUAUUCACCUCAUUCGAGGCUUCCCCCACUUCCUCAGCUGUCACCGAAGCGAUAGAAAAACUUCUUAUUUCUUAUCCAGGCCCAGCCAUUGCUGUUGCAUGGGAAACAGUCGUCGAUCCCACAUUCCUGAGUCGGCUCUCUAAGUUCGUAGAGAUGAUGAAACGUCAUCAAAUUAGUGCUGCCUCCGGAAGGGGCCAGAAAGCGGGAGAGACGUUGCAGGAGGAACGAGAGAGCACACACCCGAUGUUUGUCUCUGAGCUGCUGACGGGAAUACUUCGGGGAGUUGGACAGGAAGUGGAUGUGGAAAGGUUCAUGAAACGAAUUGGCGAUGAGGUUUUGUGGGACAACGCGACAAUAUUACCAUGGAGAAGAAGUUCAUUGUGGCUUGUUGUGAGGGUUGCACUUUGGGUGGUGCUUGGGCAAGAUGAUUACAAAUUUUUUAUGAUCUUCUUUAUGGCACAGGUUCUGGUCCUCUCUACACAAAGAGGAGUCAAAGCGGAUCGGUUAUUUGUCAUGAAUGCCAAGUUGGCGAGAGGGGUGUAUAAACUGCGGGAUCAGCAGAUACCUGAUCUUAUUCUAAUCGAUGCCGAGAGGGCCGUGGAAAACACUUACAAGCAACUAAAUGAUGAAUGGCUUCAGACUCAUUGCUCCAUUAGGCAAGAUUUAUGGGGUUCAUGGUGGACAGACUUUUCCUCCGGCACAAGCUUCAUGAAGGAUACGGUCAUCACGAUGCGCAAUAGCAGGGAAUAUGUUAAAGGACUUAGACAUAUUAAUUGCAGCAGACCUGAGAGAGAGGCUUUUACCCCCAGAGAAGUAAGACGGAUUGACAUGAUGGAUGUAUAG